AUGGAGGUCACGCCUGGACCGAGCGACUCGGUCUCGGCGAUGGCCUUCUCUCCGACCGCGGAUAUGCUGGCCGUCGCCAGCUGGGAUACCUAUGUUCGGAUCUAUCGCAUUGACAAGACCAAUGCGCAGCCCGUGCAGCCUUACCAGCAGUACCAACACGAAGGGCCGGUGCUCGACGUGUGUUUCAACGCAGAGGGCAACAAGGUCAUCUCGGGCGGUGCGGACAAGGUCGCGCGCUGCUUUGACUUGAAUACGAACCAGGCGGCUGUCGUUGCACAGCACAAUGAGCCGAUCCGGUGUGUGCGUUGGCUGCGUGCGUUUGGCGGCGCGCUGGUCACGGGUUCGUGGGACAAGACGGUAAAGAUUUGGAAGAUCGAGCCGCAGCCCACGCUCAUCACCUCGCUCGAUGUGCCGGAGCGUGUAUAUGCUAUGGACACGAUCGGCCUCAUUAUCAUCGUCGCCACCGCAGAGCGCAAGAUCGUCGCAUUCCAGUGCAACGAGGCGACGGGCACCGCGCAACAGGUGGCAGCCUUGGAUAGCCCACUCAAGUACCAGACGCGCUGUAUCGCAGCGCUGCCAGAGGGUGACGGCUUUGCGCUCGGCGGCACCGAGGGCCGUGUCGCCGUGCACUACUUCCACGACCCGCCGGACCCCAAGGACGGCCGCAUGAAGAAGUUUGCUUUCCGGUGCCACCGCCGCGCGAAUGCCGACCACCCAGACGUGCCGCGCACCGAGACGCUGCUCUACCCCGUCAAUGCGAUCGUCUUCAACUCGCAAGGCACGUUUGCGACGGGCGGCGGCGACGGCUCGAUCAGUUUCUGGUGCAAGGCGAGCCGCACGCGCUUGAAGAUGUUUGAGACAAAAGGCUCUGCCAUGGCCCCCAAGGAGGUGUUCAAGACGAACCCCAACCGCCUGCCGAUCACGGCGAUUGCGUUUAAUGCGGAUGCGUCGAUCUUUGCCUAUGCACUCGGUUACGAUUGGCACAAGGGGUACCAGAGCGCGAGCAACGAGGCGCACGUCUUCAUACACCCGGUCAACCCCGAGGACAUCAAGAAGCGUCCGCAAAAGACAUAG